GUAUCUGUGACUGUUCGCUAUUUUCACUAUUCGAAAUAAUAGUCUUUUGUUUUCUGGAUAGUUUGAUCGAUAAACAUAAAUAAACGUAUGAAUAAUAUUCGAGAACAUUACCUAUCAACUAUCGGAUUGAUAUUCAUUACAGAUUACAGAAUAAAGUUAUCAACAUUAAGGAAUUUGAAGCAGCGAAUAUGCAUUUUGGACCUGUUCAACAAGCUCUUCUACUGUUAUUGGAAUUUAAAGUUAUAUUUGGUCAGAUAAAUAUAACAAGUUAUGGAUCCCUUGCUGUUGGCUCAAAUUUAUCCUUGUACUGUAAUAUACCAUCAUUUAAUUCGUCAUCUGCAUCGGGCUCCUGGUACAGAAAUGAAACAUUUUCCACUCUAUGUAACAAUGCUGAUUUCUGCACUAUCAAAAGAGAUGGAAACUAUUCGUUUACAGCUAAUUCGACUGGAAUGUCCGUUCAAAUUAGUCCAUUAGAAAUUACAGAAAAUGGUGUGAUAUGGAAAUGUGUCAUUUCAGGGGAGGAAGCUUAUUUUGAAAUAAUUUUACAAUCACCAUCACCCCCGCCAAAAGGGAACCAACCCGUUUCAGGUACUACUCGCAGUAUACACCAGACUUUUACAUUGUAUAUUUGUCUUAGCUUGGCAAUGUUUGCAAUAUAUCAAUACGGUUGACAGGGAUGUGUUCUUCUAAGAAAACAUUGAUUCGAUCGAUAGCCUGGAAAUGAUAUACUGCAAGUAACUGUGUAUUUGCGGAAGGCAAACCUUGGUUGAAAAUUUGCAUAGAUUUCUCAUUGCUCAUUCGUUUUUUUCUACUAUUUAUAACCUAUCAUCCAUAUACGACCUUUUUCAAAUAUGGUUAGGUUUCAAGUACUGACACCAAAACGAUAUUAAUGAUUUAUAAUUAAUAGAAAACUAUAUAGUAAAACGUCCAUUUUCAAAACGAUUCGGUAUUCUAGAGCUUGCAUCGGCUACUCUGACUGAAUAAGAGGUCACCAUGCAGUGUCUGAACAGAAAGUUAAAUAACCAGGGUUUUCUUCAAAGAACGUCAUAUUGGUGGUCACGUGUUGUGUGUGUUUCUCUCGAGUGUAGGAGGUCGUGUAUUCGAAUCCUGGCCAGAUCAAACAAAAUACUUUGAAAUUAGUAUUUGCUACCUCUCCAAUUAACCCACAGCAUUAUGGAAUAAGAGCAAAGACUUGUCGGCUCGGAGUCGGAAUAAUGUGACCAAGUAAGGUAAAGUGUCUUCAUGCGGACUGUUUCUAUGUGAACUUUAUAGUUAAAACCCUGCUCAGUGUGUCUGUCUAGUACAAAGCAUGGUUAAUAUGCAUCCGAAAUUAACAUUUUCUUGUCCUGAAUAUACAGUAUUAUUUGCCGCUGGACAUUAUUAUAAAAGUCAUCAUCAUCAUCAUCAUCUUGUGUUUUUGUCUUUGUAUAUUGUUACCCUUUACAAGUUAAUCCUUUUUGGUAACAUUAUUUUUGCUGGACUAGGCUUUGACAUUUAUACAUCCCGCAUUGUCUUAUUGUGCUUUGAUCAUUUUUAGAGUCUUGUCUUUCAUUUCUAAUCAUUUGCUUUGUCUAUAUAGUGACCAUAUGUCAUUUUUUUUCUUUUUGACGUAGUUGUUAGUUUUUUAAGUGAUUGAGAUAAUUACCAAUUAUCAAUACUGCUGUUCCCCAUUUUUUUGUUUAUUUUAUGCCUGUUUGUUUCGCUCACAAAUUGUUGUUAAUAUAAUGGAAUUAUAUUCGACUGUCAUACAAGUGUGAGGUUUACCAUGUUAUAAUACCAAGUUGUAUCCACAUUUGUUUACAUAAGGAAAUGCCUGUGACUAGUCAGGAAUAUGACAGUUGUUUGCUGUGUUUCAGAUUUUUAUAUUGCCAUUUGAUAAAAUACUUUUCCUUUUUAAAUUUUCUUUGGAUUUCGGUAUAUUUGUAAUUUGAAUAUAUAUUUAUUUACGACACUUUACAUGUUUUUUUUUCAAUUAAGCGUAUUUUAUAAAUAGUAUCCGUCCAUAACCGUGUUAUUGUGCCAUGGUAAAUGUUUGUUUACUUAUUUUGUUUUCUGUUUUUAUAGUGAUUAAAAAUAUGACUCAAUGUUGAUUGCUGUUCCCCUAUUAUAUUUUACAUUUUAUACCUAUUAUGUCUGUUUGUUUUGUUCAUACAUCGUUGUCAAUAUAAUGAAAUUUUAUGCAACUGUCAUACAAGUGAGAGGUUUAGGUAGCCUUAAAAAUAGGUUUGAUCCACCAUUUUCUACAUACGAAAAUGCCUGUACCAAAUCAGGAAUAUGACAGUUGUUGUCCUUUCGUUUUAUGUAUUUAAGCUUUUGAUUUUGCAAUUUGAUUAGGAACUUUCCAUUUUGAUUUUUCCUUGGAGUUUAGUUUUUUGUGAUUUUAUUUUUUACUGAUUUAUGUGUUUGCUGUAUUAUGUUGUGUACAUUAAAAAUGUUUGAAAGAGGACUUUUCAAUAAAUUGACUGCACUCGAUAUAUGCAACAUAUUUGAAUACAGCUUGACUUAAUUAAUCGAAACACGAUGAA